CGGCGACGCUAGCGCCAAAAUUUGGGUGGGAUUGGGCAAAUAUCACCCAAAAAUUGUUUUGUUGUGAGAAUUUCGCAUUGUGAAGAAAAGGGUUAUUUUUUUCAGGAAAAUCAGGAGGAAAUUGUUGGGAGAAGUUGUGGAGUAACUGCUGAAGGAUGGCUGAUGAGGAGGAUCCGAAGGAAUACCGCUGGGAGACGGGUUAUGAGAAGACAUGGGAAGCCAUUAAGGAGGAUGAACGUGGGCUGCUGCAGAGCUCCGUGGCGGAGAUCAUUCAGAAGGCGAAGCGGAAGCGUCAGGCUGAGAAGAAGGGUCUCAGCCGGCUGGGAAUGAUGAGGCAUUUGUACGUGAUUGUGGACUGCACAGAGAACAUGACCAUGCAAGAUCUGAAGCCCACUCGGCUAGUAUGCACGACGAAAUUGCUUGAGGUGUUUGUGGAGGAGUUCUUCGAUCAGAAUCCCAUCAGCCAGAUGGGCUUUAUAGCACUGAAGAGCAAGAGGGCAGAAAAGGUCUCAGAUUUAACCGGAAGCAGCCGGAAACACAUUAAAGCCAUCCGGGGAUUGGCCAAUCUCACCUUGUCUGGCGAGCCAUCCCUGCAAAACGGCUUGGAUUUUGCCCUGAAAACCCUCAAGUUGAUUCCUGCUCAUGCCAGUCGGGAGAUUCUCGUGAUUAUGGGCAGUUUAACAACUUGUGAUCCCACAGACAUCCAUGCUACGAUUGAUGCCCUGAAACUCGAAGGGAUUCGCUGUUCUGUGAUCAGUUUGUCAGCAGAGGUCAGAAUUUGCAAAUUCAUGACCAGGGAGACGUCUGGCCUGUACAGUGUCAUCCUCGAUGAUGCCCAUUUCCGGGAUCAACUGCUGCAGCACGUGGAACCUCCGCCGGCAGCUAAAACUCAAGAGAACUCCCUGAUAAAGAUGGGAUUCCCGCAUGGACAGGCAGAGGAGGGCAAGGACCCAGCUCUGACGCUGUGCAUGUGCCACCUGGACAGCACAGAUGAGCCAAGUCAUCUCUCAGUCGGCGGCUAUCAGUGUCCACAGUGCCUCAGCAAAUACUGCGAACUGCCCAUUGAAUGUGUCACUUGCGGUCUCACUCUCGUGUCUGCUCCCCAUCUGGCCAGAUCCUACCAUCAUCUCUUCCCAGUUGCACGCUUCCUGGAAUUGGAGUUUCAUCAGCAAGCUGAAAUAUGCUACGCCUGCCAGAAGACCUUCUCCGAGACUCUGGACAAGAUGAUUUAUCAGUGCGAGACCUGCAAGAUGUUCUUCUGCACAGACUGCGACAUCUUCAUCCACGAUGACUUGCACACGUGCGUGGGAUGCAGCACAAUUCCAGCCACAGUGGCCAGUUUGCAGAAUUCGGCAUUUGGGAGAGCUCUACAUUAGCGCAAACAAAAAAUAUCAGCGCGUAGCAUACUAAGUCAAUAAAAGAUUUAAAAAUUUAA